AAAGCCGGGAGGACACGGAGAAGGAGAGUGCCGUAAAGCGGAUGUUUUGGCUAGGGGAGGUCAUUGGAAAGUGAGGCUUUCUGCUUACAUUUUGAGUGAAGAAGUGAUCCAGGUGUCAGAUAUUCUGGUAGCAGAAAAGCCUCUCUUUAACCCGGGCUAGUUUUACUUCAGUGACUUGUGUUAGAAAUGUUGCGUUUAGCGCUGAGACUGAGGCCGUCGGUCAGACUUAUUAGCCGCCCGGUCGUCCCCUCAGGCGCAGCUGCUGGUGCCCGCUGUGGCCCGGUGCUGUGCCUCAGGAGCGGCUCGUGCACAGUCCGGGCUCUGAGCUCCAGCAGACAUGUUUAUUAUAGUUUAUUAAAGUGCAGAACGCGGGACUUACAAACACACAAGGUCGCUUUCAGUCAGAGCAAAAGAGUCUGCAGUCUACCGCCUCACCAGAAGGUUGAGCUCCCUGCUUUAUCUCCCACUAUGCAGUUGGGCACCAUUGCUCGCUGGGAGAAGAAGGAGGGUGAUAAAAUUAACGAAGGAGACCUGAUCGCUGAGGUGGAAACAGACAAGGCCACUGUAGGAUUCGAGAUGCUGGAGGAGUGCUAUCUCGCCAAGAUCCUGGUACCGGAGGGUACAAGAGACGUGCCCAUCGGAGCAGUCAUCUGUAUAACCGUUGACAGCCCUGACCUCAUCCCAGCCUUCAAGGACUUUACUCUGGAGAAACUAGCUGCCUUAACUCCAUCAUCCUCAUCAUCAGCUGCAGCAGCAACUCCACCUCCAGCAGCUACCACCACAGCUCCCUCUUCUCCACAAGCCCCUGGCAGCUCGUACCCAGCACACAUGAAGAUUCUUCUUCCAGCUCUUUCCCCCACAAUGACGGUUGGCACGGUGCAACGCUGGGAGAAGAAAGUGGGAGAAAAAUUGAGCGAAGGUGACUUGCUCGCUGAAAUCGAGACUGAUAAGGCUACAAUUGGUUUUGAGGUACAGGAAGAGGGCUACUUGGCUAAGAUCAUGGUGCCUGAGGGAACCAGAGAUGUUCCGCUAGGUACUCCUCUGUGCAUCAUGGUAGAAAAAGAGUCUGACAUUCCAGCAUUUGCUGACUAUGUUGAGACCGGUGUAGCUACUAGCCCACCUCCACCCCCUGCACCGGUGGCAGCUCCAGUGACCCCUGGGGCAGCCCCAGCUGCUCCUCCUGCUCCAGCUGCUGCUGCUAGGAAGGGCAGAGUGUUUGCAAGCCCCCUGGCAAAGAAACUGGCUUCUGAGAAAGGAAUUGACCUCACACAGGUCACUGGCUCCGGACCAGACGGAAGAGUAACCAAGAAAGACAUUGAGAACUUUGUCCCAGCCAAGGCAGCACCUCCUUCAGGUGCCCCAGCUACCACGCCUGCUCGUGCUCCAGCAGCGCCAGCUGUGGCACCUAUUCCCACCGGCACCUUCACGGACAUCCCCAUCAGCAACAUCCGCAAAGUAAUUGCUCAGAGACUUAUGCAGUCGAAGCAGACUAUUCCUCACUACUACUUGUCUGUGGAUAUCAACAUGGACCAAGUUGUGGACCUCAGGAGAGAGCUUAACAUGGAGGUGAAAUCAGACAACAUUAAACUGUCAGUGAAUGACUUCAUCAUCAAAGCGUCAGCCCUGGCAUGUUUAAAGGUACCAGAGGCCAACUCCUCCUGGAUGGACACAGUUAUCCGACAAAAUCAUGUGGUGGAUGUCAGUGUUGCAGUCAGCACACCUAAUGGUCUUAUCACUCCUAUUGUAUUCAACGCUCAUAUUAAAGGCUUAUCAGCUAUCAGUAAAGAUAUAAAUGCACUGGCUACUAAGGCACGUGAAGGCAAGCUACAGCCACAUGAAUUCCAGGGUGGCACCUUCACAGUCUCCAAUCUGGGCAUGUAUGGUAUCAAGAACUUCUCUGCCAUCAUCAAUCCUCCUCAAGCCUGUAUCCUGGCAGUGGGAGGUUCAGAAAAGAGGCUGCUGCCUGCAGACAAUGAGAAAGGGUUUGACGUGGCCAGCAUUAUGUCUGUGACUCUGAGCUGUGAUCACCGAGUGGUGGAUGGUGCGGUCGGGGCACAAUGGCUGGCCGAGUUUCGCAAGUUUCUAGAGAAACCCAUCACUAUGCUGCUUUAAAGGUGCUCUCAGCCUCAAAUGCAGGACUCUCAGAUCAAAGGAGGUCUCUCUCAAAUGUUACACACACACGACUUCACUUGUUUUGUCCCCCUUUCAAUUUCUCAUUGUACAAUUUUUUAUUAUUAUUAUUAUUAUUAUUAAAAAAGCUUUAACAUGCAAGACCUGGAAUAAUCUCUCAACCCAGAGUAGUUUGUUAUUGUAGACGUGUUAAACUUUAGGGAGGACUGUUGGGGGAAAAAAAGGGUUUGUGUAUUUCAUCAAUUAAAGGGGUCUGUAUGAAUAACCUGAUGCUUUUUACCCUUACCAUGGUUCCAGAGGUUCUCUAAAAAGUUGCAUUUUAUAGACGUUGUGGCAAAGAAUGAAGUGCAUUGUUUUCCUAAGAAAGAAAUGAAAUACUCCAUCUUCAUUUCUGUGCCAAAUUAUCUUCUAAGCAGGGUCUAAUGCUGUAUGAAUUAGACAACAUUUCUGUCUAUCAUCUAUGUAAAAAGAUGAACCUGACACUCAUGCACAGAUCUUUUUUUUUAAGGUUAUAGACAAUUCCUGAAUUACAUACAGUAAUUCCUCUCUGGUGACCUUUGAAAGCUUUUGACACUGAAAUGCUGGUAGCCUUUAUUUAUUAUAUAAAUCUUUCACUCCAGACAAAGCACACUGGUGCCUUUGCUCUGUUAUUAUUCCCCUUUUUUCUUUUUUCUUUUUGGUUAAAGUGGCAAUAUUUUAACAUCUCUAUUUCUGUACUGAUAACGCACAAAUAAAGAUCCUGGUAAAUAAUUUAAAAAAAAAAU